AUGUUGGAAGCAUCGAGCAACAUCGUGGGAUCGCAGCAAUCCUUCUUUGCGACGCUCCUGAGCCAGUCUGGAGGCUCUGGCGAUCUCGAUCAAACCCGGAAGAUCCACUCCCGGAUAGUGGACAGCGGCUACUCCAAAGACAAGUUUCUCCUCAAUCUCAUCAUCCAGGCUUACGGAAAAUGCGGCAGUGUCGGAGAUGCGCACCGUGUCUUCUCCGCGAUCGAUCACCCCAAUCUCUUCUCAUGGAACAUUAUGAUCCAAGCAUAUGCCCGAAACGGGCAUCUAGAUGAAGCGUGUAACCUCUUUGAUCGAUCUCAUUCCCCCGAUCCAGUCGCAUGGAAUGAAAUGAUCACUGCCUAUGCGAAUCUUGGCGAGAUGGAGGAAGUCAAACGAUUGUUUGAUCGAGUGCCAGAAAAGAGUGAAAUCACCUGGACCGUGAUGAUAACAGCAUAUGCCAGAAACGGGCAUCUGAACGAAGCCAGGACGGUGUUUGACGCAAUGCCGAUCGAGAAGAAAACCAUAGUUUCGUGGACGGCAAUGCUCCAGGGCUACACCCAAAACUCCCGGAUCGAUCAGGCCUUCGAUUUCUUUCAGACGUUCCCGGCCCACAACGUGGUGUCCAUCACCGCCAUGGUGUCGGCGCUCGCGAGCCACGGCCGUGGCGACGAGGCCGAGAUGCUGCCUACUCCAAGCAGCAGCGCAUCGAUCAAAGUCACCUACACGACGCUUCUUUCAUGCUGUGACGAUCUGGGCGAUGGAGAAGAGAUCCAUGCUUGUGUAGUGAGGGAUGGGAUCGAAUGGGACGUUGCCAUGUCCACUGCAUUGGUGCGCUGCUACGGUCGCUGCGGAAAUCCAGAGAAAGCAGUGGCUGUGUUUGAGAAUUUCUCAGGGAAUAAGGACGUAGGGCUGUGGACUGCGAUGAUCCUCUGCUUCGAUCAGAACCAAAAGAUCACGGAAGCCAUUCCGGGGGAUGGAACAGCAUGGUUUUCGAGCAAGCAGCUUUACAUUGGUUGCUCUUCUCCAGGGAUUGUCGAGCUCUUCAAAGUCUGGGUUUAG